GAGAGAGAGAGAGAGAGAGAGAGCGGGAGCAGUUAUUUUAGAAAUUACAGAGACAUAAUAAAGCAGUGAUAAGAGCUCAGCAUGCAGGAGGAGCGAAAAAGCAAGGAAAUAAGCGCAAUGCUGUAAACAGGGGGGGAAAUCAGCACUCAAUCAUCUUUGUAGUCUCUCAAUCGUUUCUCCAAGACCUUAAACGGAGAGCAAAUUAGUUUGUAUCCUCCAAACCGUCAUUUAGUUUACGAAACAUCUAGGAUUAGUUACAUAGCUUUUUUCUGUUUAUCAACAGCUAUUUGAAUGACCUGCAUCAACGUUGAGCUCCGAAGAGGAAGUAAAAGCCACAGACUUAAAAAUAAAGAGGCUUCACGACGCGAUAGAAAAACCGUCCUGUCUAAAUGAAGAACCUUUAACAUCUGAAGAACCUUUCUGUUUCACAAAAUGUUCUUUUGUGGAGAAGGAAGGUUGUUCAGAUCGUAAAAAAGAGUUUCGAGAGAAACAAAGAUGGCUUCGGACGAAACGUAAGCGAGCGGUGAAAGGGUGACCCGCGAGCGCUCACAUUCUCCUCUGGGGAGGUUUUGUGGCGGUGGCGUGUUCUGGGGCGAGAGGGUCUGUGUCUGCUGGCCCCGCUGGAGAGAUGUAUUUUUCAUAAGCCCCAGACACAGCCCCCUAUAGCUGUGAAUCCAUUAUUCAGAGCGGUCUGAGAGAGAGGGGACCGACAAAAACGCGGCGGCCCGGUCCGGGUCGCAGCAUAAUCACUGUAAUUUUAUUCUCUAUGAUGGAAGUGACACACCAGCGUUUCGUCAGGAGUCUUAAGUGUUUUAAUGGGAUGUAUCGUCUUUAAGGCACUCGAGAAGACUGACGUUCCUGUUUUAAAGGCUGUUGAUGGUGAUUUUAUGCGCUGCCGAGGACGCAACUGACCCCAGGACACAAAUUAAUGACAUGAGCCGAGAUGAAAGAAUAUGAAUCUUUCUGAAACAGGAAAUCCUUUUGGCGACUUAUCCUUGUCUCAAGUACAAUCGCUGAUAACUACUCAUCAUGAGCGGUGUCACAUGUCACUGCGGACAUGGGAACACGAUGUCGGGAAUAUAAAAGGAAAACCGUGGGGGCCGGAGCGCGACAUUUCAGACGCCUCCGUCGUAUGAGCAGUCUGCUACUAGACAGAAGGACGCAAAAAUGUUAGCAGUAACAAUUUGUAUCCUGGAGUUGCUCCAUAUGAGCGCUGCCUGCGGCUUGACAGGCCUCUGUACGGACCAGACUUCUGUCCAGCAGGAGAUUGUGGAUGUGCACAACGCCUACCGAAGGGCUGUGGAGCCAGCUGCCAGCAACAUGCUCAAAAUGAGUUGGAGCGACGCAGUGGCACGGUCGGCUCAAGGCUGGAUUGAUCAGUGUGACAUGACGCAUGGACCACCGAGCAGCCGCAUGAUCGACGGAUACGAAAUGGGUGAAAAUCUCUUCAAGGCCUCUACGGUUCACUCGUGGACCGAUGUGAUAAACGCCUGGCACAGCGAAGUCAACAAUUAUGAUUAUCCCACCGGAUCCACCAAUGGUCUGGCAACCGGACAUUACACACAGGUGGUGUGGUACAGCUCGUAUGAAGUCGGCUGCGCCGCGGCUCGCUGUGGAAGCUACUACUUCUACGGAUGCCAUUACUACCGCGCAGGGAAUUUCAAAAGAGUCCCUCCGUACUCGACGGGCGAGCCGUGCGCUUCCUGUCCGGACGACUGCGAAGACGGCCUUUGCGCUAACCCCUGUCCGUACGUCGACGCGUACAGGAACUGCGACAGCCUGAAAGAAAGGGUCACGUGCGACGACCCCCUCGUGAGCCGGUGGUGUCCAGCCAGCUGUCGGUGCGAAGACAAAAUCGUCCCCAUCGCCAAGAAAUGAAAUCUUCCACAACCGAAGUGCGGUUUUUUUCGGAUAGUUGUAGCACAUCUUUCCUAUAAUGUGAAAUUAAACUUCCUGUUGUUUCUGUGGAAUACCUCAGACACGAAGGUUAUUAAAAAUCAAGGGUGCCGUGCUUUGAUAACACGAUGGAAGAGGCCGGUCUGCGGAGUUUUGCGACCUUCUUUCUUUUCAGCAGUGCUCGUACAGUCGCAUAUAAAUAAAGCCAUUUGUGUCUUAUAAGCCUUGUAAACCCGCAUAGCGAAAACAAUAGCUGGAGAAAGCACAACUUAAGACUGUGAAAACAGGACACGUCAAAAAAAACUGCUGGCGUAAAAAAACGUUUGGUCAUUCUACACAUAGCGUGCUGGAAUGUAACGUAAUGAUUUGUUUUCUGCGACACUGCACCUUAAUCAUCCAAUUUUUGUAAUCGCAUCACUUUAUUAAAUUCAUUCAAAUGAUUUUAGAUCAUUCAUCAGGCUUCAGAGAUGUCUUUAGUAAAUCAAUAAGCCAUUAGAGGCUGUUUCGUUCUGAUUAUAAUCGCAAUUUUAUACAUUUUUGCUUAAUUUAUUAUACUUACAGACUGCACAGUUUAUAGUAAAACUACAUAUACUCAAAGUUAAUAAGCAGUAGAUUUUAUUAUAUAAUAAAACGCAUAUAAUUAUAAAAUCGACUUAAAAAUGUAUUACUACAGUAAAUGGAUAAAAGCGCAUAUUUAAAUGUAUUUGUAGUAACCAACGUGUCCAGCAGGUGGCCGUGUCGCGCGCUGCAUGACCGACGCAAGCGUCUCGCGCUUCCUGUCAGAAAUGAUCAGAAUAGUCGCGUGUAUGACCGCGCGCUCGUGUCCGCGUUCCUCGAGCGUGCGCAACUUUCACCCGCUCGAAAGCCACUUGUUGAAACGCGCACGUCACGUGUAACGAGGACACAACGUGAGGGAGGCGGUCUUAAAACACGCUCGGGGUGGCCAAAUAACGAGCGGGCUUUCGCGCGUCCCGUUCAGCGCUGGGAAAUAAAAAGGGAGCACCGAUCGCGCGCGCCCAGUACCUCUCCGUUCGCAGGUGGAGUUGUAAAGCUGCUGGGCAUGCGGGCGCCCUCAGGCCACGUGAGACGUGCGCGGGUUCGUUUCCUAAUUGAGGCAGAUUUGGAGAAAUGCAGCAUUAGAUGGGUGCUCUGAGGUGAACGGGUGCCGUCGGGAUGAGAGUCCAAACGGCUGACAAAACCAUUA